AUGCCAUCGUACACGGUGACCGUCGCCACAGGGACGCAAGGCCGGGCGGGGACCGAUAACUACAUCUCCAUAACGCUGGUGGGCACCGAGGGGUUUAGUCAGAGGACUCGAUUGGAAAAACCUCAGCACGAUGACUUUGAAAGAGGAUCGGUGGAUUCCUACCCGAUAACUGUGGAGGAGGCCCUGGGUGAGAUUAUGUUGGUGAAGCUGGAGAAGAAAAAGUACUUAGCAAAGGACGACUGGUACUGUAGGUACGUCUCGGUGAGGACUCCAGGCGGAGACAACAUGGAAUUUCCAUGCUAUCGCUGGCUGGUGGAUGACAAGGAAGUUGUACUGCGGGAUGGGCGAGCUCGAUUGCCUCAGGAUGAUAAGACGAACCUGCUCAAGCAACACAGAGAAAAUGAGCUGGAAAUAAGACGCAAAGCUUUCAGAUGGAUGGAGUGGCAGCCAGGAUUUCCUAUGAGCAUUGAUGCAAAGAGACACCGAGAUUUGCCCCGGGACGUUCAGUUUGACAGUGAAAAAUCAGUGGAUUUCGUGCUGAACUACAACAAAGCAAUCCAGAACCUAUUCUUGAACCACUUCAUACACAAGUUCCAGUCAUCCUGGAAGGACUUCGAUGAUUUUAAAAAGAUCUUCAGGAGGAUCAAAAACACUAGCUCAGAGUAUGUGAUGCAACACUGGAAAGAGGAUUUCCUGUUCAGCUACCAGUUCUUGAACGGCUGCAAUCCUGUCCUCAUCCAAAAGAUCAGCAAAAUUCCUGACAAGUUUCCCGUCACCAAUGAAAUGGUGGCCGUCAGUCUGGAGAGGGAAUUGACCCUUGAACAGGAAGUGAAGGCCGGUAACAUCUACAUAGUGGACUAUGACGUGUUAGAUGGCGUCAAAGCAAACGAUACAGACGCCCUGACCCCACAAUACAUGACCGCUCCCAUCUGUCUUCUGUACAAGAACACACAGAACGAAAUCUUGCCAAUAGCAAUUCAGUUGGGUCAAACUCCAGGUGAGGACAACCCCAUCUUCCUGCCUACAGACAGUGAGCACGACUGGCUGUUGGCAAAGAUCUGGGUGCGUUCAUCCGACUUCCAGCACCACCAGACGGUCACGCACUUGCUCAGAACACAUCUGAUUUCUGAGAUGUUUGCUAUCGCCAUGUUCAGACAGCUCCCUGCUGUCCACCCCGUCUUCAAGCUACUCAUUCCACACAUCCGUUUCACCAUCGCCAUUAACACCAAGGCCAGAGAGGAGCUUAUCUGUGAGCGGGGUCUCUUUGAUAAGGCAAAUGCCACAGGUGGAGGCGGUCACGUCCAAUUGAUUCAGAAAGUCAUGAAGACCCUGACCUUCAGGUCUCUCUGCUUCCCGGAUGAGAUCAAAGCUCGGGGUGUGGACAGCAAGCAGGAGCUGCCCUCCUACUUCUACAGAGACGACGGCAACAAAGUGUGGGAGGCCACUAAGAGCUUUGUGUCCGACGUGAUCGACAUCUACUACAGUAGCGAUGAAACAGUGCAGGUAGACGAAGAAAUUCAGGCUUUUGUCAAAGACGUACGUGACUAUGGUAUGAGAGACUUCCAUCAAUGUGAGUUCCCCGAGUCGCUUAAAUCCCGCGAGGAACUGAUCGAAUAUUUGACCGUCAUCGUGUUCACGGCUUCGGCCCAACAUGCAGCAGUCAACUUCGGACAAUACGACUGGUAUUCCUGGAUUCCCAAUGCUCCAUCAACCAUGCGGAAGCCCCCGCCCGAUCGGAAAGGUUCUGCGGAUAUAACCCUCAUCAUGGAGAGUCUUCCGGAUCGAGGACGCUCCAGCUGGCACCUGGGGGCUGUCUGGGCACUCAGCCAGUUCCAGAAGAACGAGCUCUACUUGGGAAUGUACCCUGAUGAGCACUUCCUGGAAAAAACGGUGAAAGCUUCUAUGGAGAAGUUCCGGAAGACUCUGAAAGAGAUCAGCUGCGACAUCAAGGCGAGGAACUGCCAACUGAAAUUCCCUUACUGCAACAUGUCGCCUGAUAAGAUACCCAACAGUGUCGCUAUUUAA